AUGGCCUCUUACCACCCAGCAGGACACUUGCAACUGCCUCGAGCUGAUGCCAUUCGUUCUCGUCUCAUUGAUACUUUUUCUCUCAUCGAGCAUCUGCAAGGCUUGAGCCAAGCUGUGCCACGGCACACUAUUCGAGAGAUACUUGAUCCUUCCCAUCAGAAGAAACUUAUGUUGGGAGAUCAACACCAGCUUGUGCGCUUCUACGUAAAGCCUCGUCAUGUAGAACGGAUUACACAUGGCCGGAGACUGACGAGCAGGUUUCUAGUGCGCUGCAGUCACAGACCACCACUUUCUUUGUGGGCUGGAUGGGUCCUUGAGUGUCCUCUAUUCACGAACUUCAUCAUCUUCCUCAUCUUUUUGAAUACAAUUGUACUAAUGGUUGAAAUAGAACUGCUCGAAUCCUCUAACACCAAACUGUGGUCACUGAAGCUGACUCUGGAGGUGGCAGCUUGGUUCAUCUUACUUAUUUUUAUCUUGGAGAUCCUUCUUAUGUGGCUAUCCAGCUUUUUUCUCUUCUGGAAGAAUGCCUGGAAUGUCUUUGAUUUUGUUGUUACCAUAUUGUCCCUGCUUCCUGAGGUUGUGGUGCUGGUAGGGGUAACAGGCCAGUCUGUAUGGCUCCAGUUGCUAAGGAUCUGCCGGGUCCUAAGAUCUCUCAAACUCUUUACACGAUUCCGUCAAGUUCGAGUCAUCAUUUUGGCUCUGGCCAGAGCCCUCAAGAGCAUGACCUUCCUCUUGAUGUUGCUGAUCAUCUUCUUCUACAUUUUUGCUGUGACUGGUAUCUACUUCUUCGAGAAUUACACCCGUUCAACUCGACAGGACCUGAAGUACCACAUGUUCUUCUCGGACCUGCUGAAUUCCCUAGUGACAGUGUUCAUUCUCUUUACCAUGGAUCAUUGGUAUGCAUUGCUUCAGGAAACCUGGAAGGUGCCUGAAGUCAGCCGCACCUUUAGCAGCAUCUAUGUCAUCCUUUCAUUGUUACUUGGUUCCAUUAUCUUUCGAAAUAUCAUAGUAGCCAUGAUGGUUACUAACUUUCAGACUAUCAGGAAUGAGUUGAAUGAGGAGAUGGCACACCUGGAAGUUCAGCACAAAGCCGACAUAUUCAAACGGCAGAUUAUCCAGAGGAGACAAAACCUGUCCCCUGAGGCACUGAGGUCAAGCCUUAGCAAAAUGGAUACCAGGGAUACCAGUCAACAAACAGAAUCUAUGGACUUAUCAGAAACAUUUAAAGAAGAGUCUGAAAACAGUGCCACUGAAGAGGGUUUAAGAGCAUCUGAGUCAAAAACAAGAGAGUCCUGGUCAAAAAAGAAAAGGACAUCUUUCUCUUCUUCCUCUUCCCCUUCCUUUGUUUCCUCUUUUUCUGAAUCCAGAAAUUUUGACUCUAUUGGUCAGUUGGACUGGGAGACUCACGUGCACCAGAAUCUGCCUGGGCUAAUGGACAUGGAUCAGGAAGAACGCGUUGUUUGGCCGAGAGACUCACUCUUCCGAUAUUUUGAGUUGCUAGAAAAGCUUCAGUAUAACCUAGAGGAGCGUAAGCGCUUGCAGGAGUUUGCAGUGCAGGCACUGAUGAGCUUUGAAGACAAGUAAAGCUGAGGAUGGAUGGCUUCGGUAUCUUUGGCAACAGAUAACAAA